AUGCAGUGCGAUAAAAAGAAGGCUGCAGUUGAGACAAAAACACUAUUCACAAGCUUCUCUUUAAGUCGUUUUAAUACCGUUUCUCAGCUCUCCUUCGCCACCACUAUUGACUAUGUUUAUCUGGUGCUCGGUACAUUGUCAUCUUUUCUCCAUGGUGCUGGAUUCUCAGUGCUGGGUAUAGUGCUGGGUGGUAUGACGAGUGUUUUUCUUAGAGCGCAAAAUUCUGAAUUCGUCUUGGGUAUCGGCAACACAGAUGCAAAAGGACUGCCUGGAAUCACACAGGAAGAAUUCGUUCACGAAGUUCAGAUGUAUUGUUACUACUAUUUUGUGCUAGGUAUAGCCAUGUUUAUCACGUCUUACAUACAGAUUUUUUUCUGGGAAACGUUCGCUGAAAAGAUCACCCAUAAGCUGCGUCAAGAAUACUUGAAAGCGAUUCUCAGGCAACAAAUUUCGUGGUUCGAUGUCCAACAAGCAGGGAGUCUGACUGCUAGACUCACGGAUGACUUUGAACGGGUCCGAGAAGGCCUUGGCGACAAGUUCUCUCUAUUCAUUCAAAUGCUCUCGGCAUUUGCUGCUGGAUUUGGUGUAGGAUUCGUGUACAGUUGGUCAAUGACACUUGUAAUGUUGAUCGUUGCUCCGUUAAUUGUAUACUCAGCAAACUGGAUGUCAAAAAUUGUUGCUACAAGGACACAGGUCGAACAGGAAGCCUACGCUAUAUCUGGGGCUAUUGUUGAAGAGACAUUGUCAUCAAUAAGGACUGUACACUCCUUAUGUGGUCAUAAAAGGGAACUGAAGAGGUGGUUUGAAGAGUCACUGGAGAAGAGUCGAAAGAUGGGCUUGGUCAAAUAUUUCUAUAUGGGUGUAGGUGUUGGAUUUGGCCAACUGUGUACUUACGUUUCGUAUGCGUUAGCUUUUUGGUACGGCAGUGUUUUAAUUGUUAACGACCCAGAAAUUGACCGAGGAUUUAUUUUUACGGUAUUUUUCGCCGUCAUGUCCGGUUCAACAGCCCUUGGUGGCUGUCUGCCACACCUUGGUACUAUCUCGAUUGCAAGAGGGGCUGUGCGUAGUUUGCUUAAUGUGAUCAACACUCGUCCAAAAAUCGAUCCAUAUUCACUCGAUGGAAUCGUUUUGAAUAAUCUAAAAGGCACGAUUCGUUUCAAAAACGUUCACUUCUCAUAUCCGUCCAGAAAGUCUGUUCCUGUGUUGAAAGGAGUGUCCCUCUCUGUGUCGGCUGGUCAGAAAGUCGCACUAGUGGGUAGCAGUGGAUGUGGAAAGUCAACAAUCAUCAAUCUGCUUCUCAGAUUCUACGAUCCAACCAAGGGAAAGGUGAUGAUCGACGAUAUUGACGUUCGCGAUUUGAACGUCUAUGGCCUACGUGGGAAGAUUGGCGUAGUUAGUCAGGAACCUAUUCUCUUCGAUGGAACAAUAUACGAGAACAUUAAAAUGGGUCAUGAAGAUGCGACACUUACCGAAAUAGACGCGGCAUGCCAACUUGCAAACGCGUCCGGUUUCAUUAAACAACUUCCUGAUGGCUAUAACACUCGAGUUGGUGAUCGUGGAAUUCAGCUAAGUGGCGGACAAAAGCAACGGAUUGCUAUUGCACGAGCGAUUGUAAAAAAUCCACGUAUUCUUCUACUGGAUGAAGCUACGAGCGCAUUAGACUCAGAGUCGGAGUCGAUGGUUCAAGAGGCACUCGAGAGGGCUCAACUGGGCCGAACAACCAUUGUCGUCGCGCAUCGCCUGUCAACAAUCAGAAAUGUGGACCAGAUUUUUGUUUUCAAGAAUGGAGAAAUUAUCGAGCAAGGAACACAUGAUGAGUUGACGCGCAAAGAAGGCGUAUUUUAUGAAAUGAUCCAAGCACAAGUGCUGCGCCAAGAGAAGGAAGAAGACGAUCGCGGUAAGCGGUUGAGAGACAUGCGAAACGAACACCUAGAGUUUGUUUCCACUUGGAGUACGGCUUUAUCCUUUCCGUUGCAGGAAAUCCAAACUGAACCAACGCCAAUAUCUAAAGUGUUCUACUUUAAUAGAGACGGAUGGGGUUACUGUAUUCUGGGGCUUUUUGGCUGCAUUGUCUUCGGUGCCAUGACACCGUUGUUUGCUCUAUUAUAUGCGCAAAUAAUAGAGGUGUACUCAAGACCAGUAAAUCAGAUGAGAGCUGAAGUGAUGUUUUGGUGCGGUGCUUUUGUAGUCAUCGGUCUGCUCCAUGCGACAGGUUUUUUCAUAUCGGCAAAUGCCUUGGGACGCUGUGGAGAGUUGUUGACGAAAAAAUUGCGCUUGGAAGCUUUUCGCAACGUUCUUCGACAAGAUAUUGGCUUCUUCGAUGACAUACGACACGGCACAGGAAAAUUAUGCACCCGUUUUGCUACGGAUGCUCCGAAUGUGCGAUACGUGUUCACUCGUCUUCCGUCAGUGAUCUCAUCUGUGGUCACCAUAAUUGGUGCGCUGAGUAUUGGCUUCAUCUUUGGAUGGCAACUGGCAUUGGUCCUCACCAUUGUCGUUCCUCUUAUCAUUGGAAGCGGCUACUUUGAAAUGCAGAUGCAGUAUGGUAAGAAGAAGCGUAACAUUAAGCUGUUGGAAGAAGCUGGCAAGGUAGCGUCGCAGGCUGUUGAACACAUCAGAACAGUUCAAGCUUUGAAUAGACAAGAGAAGUUCCAUUCUAUGUACUGCGAAUACCUCAAGGAUCCGCAUCGAGAGAACAUGCGCCAAGUACAUAUUUAUGCGGCUGUGUUUGCUUUCUCACAAUCAUUGAUAUUCUUCAUGUACGCAUUAGCGUUUUGGAUUGGAACUAUCUUUGUGGACAGUAAACAGAUGUACCCAGCUGACGUAUAUCGGGUUUUCUUUGCGUUCAUGUUCUGUGGACAAGUGGUUGGUCAUAUUUCGUCAUUUAUUCCUGACGUCGUCAAAGCUCGAUUAGCUGCUUCAUUGAUAUUUUACCUUAUCGAAUACCCCACUAAAAUCGAUUCGUUGUCAGAAGAAGGCAUCGUAAAGAAGAUUUCUGGUCAUGUGCUUCUUCGUAAUGUGUUCUUCAAUUAUCCAACAAGAAAGCACACAAAAAUUCUUCGAGCGCUUAAUCUGGAGGUGAAACCCGGGACUACUGUCGCCCUUGUCGGAAAAUCUGGGUGUGGUAAAAGUACUGUAAUGGCUCUUUUGGAACGAUUCUAUAAUCCGAGAAAGGGUGUAAUUAUGGUCGACGGUGAGAAUAUAAGAAAUUUCAACAUUCGUUGUCUGCGUGAGCAAAUUUGUAUCGUCAGUCAAGAGCCGACAUUAUUCGAUUGCACAAUCCGGGAAAAUAUUUGCUAUGGACUGGAAUCUAAGCGACCGUCUUACGUUCAAAUAGUACAUGCGGCCAAGAUGGCCAACAUCCACAACUUUAUCGUCAGUCUGCCAGAGGGUUAUGACACUCGUGUUGGUGAGAAAGGCACACAGUUGUCGGGUGGCCAAAAACAACGAAUCGCUAUCGCUCGGGCUCUAAUUCGAGAUCCACCUGUUCUGCUACUAGAUGAGGCGACCAGUGCGCUGGAUGCAGAGAGUGAAAAGGUUGUUCAAGAAGCACUGGACGUGGCACGACAAGGCAGAACUUGCAUCGUCAUUGCACAUCGACUCUCAACAGUUCAAAACAGUGAUGUCAUAGUGGUAGUGCAGGAUGGAAGAGCAAUGGCGAUGGGUACGCAUAAACAGCUGCUAGUGAGAAGUAAACUGUACAAAAGACUAUGCGAUACACAACGCCUUGUCCAAUCAUAG